AUGUUGGUGAUGAUGUUGGUGGUGGAGGAGGAGGAGCAUGAGGAAGAGAAGGAGAUGUCACUCCCACAGCUCAGGGCCGCCGCCCGCCAGCGCCAGCAGCCUAAGGGAGAACCACGGAGCGCUCCUCCAGCCACCGCCGGUGCCGCCACGCCCACCACGCCCUCUGGCCCCGCCCCGCGCCCGCCUCUCGCGGCCACACGGCCUGUGAUUGGCUGGCCGGCGCUUCUAUUGGUCACGGCGGCGGCGGCAGCGCGCGGACCUGACGAGGAGGGGAAAGCCGGUGGUGGCCGCGGUGGCGGAACGGGCGGAGGCUGCCGGUUUCGUAACCGUCGCUCCUCCUCGCCGACUCGCGGGCUGCGAGGCCUGGGUCGGGUCGGGCCGCGCCGCGCGGGGCCGCUCGGAGUGCAGGCCGCCUGGGGGCGGGCGGGCCGGCCGGAGGCGCAGGUACAUGUGAAGAUUUUUUGGCACUUGAGUGUGGCCUCUGCUGAUCACACUGCUUUGAUUUCUACCUGUUCUGUGUUGGCAAAGGAACUCGCCCAAAUGAGCAAGCUGUCGCAGCCAGCCACUACUCCAGGAGUGAACGGAAUAAGUGUCAUUCAUACUCAGGCACAUGCCAGUGGCUUACAGCAGGUUCCUCAGCUGGUGCCUGCUGGGCCUGGGGGAGGAGGCAAAGCUGUGCCUCCAAGCAAGCAAAGCAAAAAGAGCUCACCCAUGGAUCGGAAUAGUGACGAAUAUCGCCAGCGCAGAGAGCGGAACAAUAUGGCAGUGAAAAAGAGCCGGUUAAAAAGCAAGCAGAAAGCUCAGGAUACUCUGCAAAGAGUGAACCAGCUAAAAGAAGAGAAUGAACGGUUGGAAGCCAAAAUUAAGUUGCUGACAAAGGAGUUGAGUGUACUGAAAGACUUGUUUCUUGAGCAUGCACACAACCUCGCAGACAACGUGCAGCCCAUCAGCACUGAAACUACCACGACACACUCUGAUAACACAGGGCAGUAGAUCUCCUUCCAGACGCCAUGGCUGUGUGGUUUGAACGUGAGACGUGUGACCACCCUGCACCGCUGGUGUACUGGCUGAGCUUGGUCUUGUUCCAUUGGAGGUUAUUUUCUAGCUCAGCACUGAACAGUUGAUUAGCCAUGUAAUUUAUCGGGUCUUAAUGAUAAUGGAUCUUUGAAGCACUAAAAGAAGACUUAGGGUUUAUGGUUAAAAUAAAAUUCCUGGACCUUACUAUUCUUAAUAAAUCCUGACUUUCCCAGAAAUGUUUCUUUUCUAGGAAUGGGAAAAUGGAAGGUCAUAUAGAAGGUUUUGGGUUUUAAUGAGACAAUACCUUGGAUUAAGAAAAAAACUGAAUUCCAUGUCUGUUCCUGGAUUUGUGAUUUUAGUCUAAAUUGUGUAUUGUAAAUUCUAGGGCUUCAGAAACCAAUGAUGAUAAUUUUGCCCCGUUUUAUAGUUGGUAUAAACUUGUGUUUGCAUAAUUGGCAUUGUUUUUCCCAACAAGUACAUGUUUUUUAAGAUGACUUCAGGCAAAGUAAAGAAACCCCAUUCAGGUCAUGUCAGAGAGGUGGUUCAAAAUACAAAUUGCAUUUAGGAAGGAAAGAAGUGUUCUGUUUUUUUUUUUUUUUCCCCUCGUUUGUUUUAAAGGGCAAAUAGAGAGAGGGAUUGAACUUUGGGGUCCUUUGCUUUAUUGGAUUAGCAUUAUCUUGUGUCCUAAAAAUUAGUGUCUACUGUGUACUGACAUUUUCGUUUCUGUGGAUGCUAGUAAAAGUAACAUUUGUUUGGGGGGGCAUUUUCUCUUUGAUGGCCAAAUUAGUAAAUAAAAUGCUUUGGUCAUAGACCAUAAUUUAGAAUGCUAGUUUAUGCUGGGCACGAUAGCACACGCCUAUAGUCCCCAGCACUCGGGAGGCAGAGGCAGGCAGCUAUCUGUGAGUUCAAGGCCAGUCUGUUCUACAGAAUGAGUUCCAGGACAGCCAGUGCUACACAGAGAAGCCUUGUCUCAAAAACAAACAAACAAACAAACAAACAAACGAAUACUGAUUCUUUUGGUUUCUGCUGUGUUCAGAAUAACUGGCAACGGAGCCAUGAUUUUUAAAGACAUAGUUUUUUGUGAAUGCUUAUUUGUGAAAAGGCACAUUUUGGUAUUUGAUCUCUACUAAAUGAUUACUAGAAAAAAUGUAACAACUUCAUGCCAUCUCAAAAGAAUAGUUAAAACUUGAAAGUAUAAGGUUUCAAUCUUUAAUUUAUUUCCUAAAUCUUUUUAUUUCUUUUUUGAGGAAUUUCUUUUCUAGUUUAGUGGGGUGUCUUCAUGUUCCAUUUAUCCAUUAGUAUGCUUUUAUGUUUUGUAUAAAUUAUUUUAGAGAGAAAAUGCUGAUGAAACUCAGGAUAUUGACUUUUUUUGUGAAACUGAAAAGCUGAUAGGUGUCUCUAGGGUCUGCUUUUAUCAUUGUUGUAGUUUAGAUUGUCUUGGUUACUCGUGGUUUUUGCACUGUGCCCAGCUAAAAUUCGUUGGUUCCUGAGAUGGUGACUAAAACAGGAGUCUUGCAUGAUCACAGAUUGUGUUGCCUGGAAUCUUGUCUGAACAUGGUCAUUUCUGCCCCUGUUUCCUGCUAAGACUUAGUUACUGUAACCCCAGUGUAACUCAGGUUACUCCUUGAGUGUGGACUCUGUUCUCCAGGGCAGAAGCUGUCCGGUGCCCUGCAGCUCUCCAAAGCCUUUUAGGGCCACUGUGCCGAAGACAGGAGUGGACACCGUUCUUAGGGAACCAAGAAAUGAGUGAGUUUUUAAAAGUUAGGGUCCAGCACCGGUUUACCUUGGUUGGAAUAGCCAUCUUUAUCAGCUGAUUGAUAUUAUGAAAAGAACUUAAUGGGAGAUAGAAUUAGGUCCUACUUGAAUCUGGAAAUACCUUCAGACAUUGGAAACUCCUACUUCCAAGCACCAGCUUUCACAAAUGGAAGUUCUCGUGGAAUUAGUGGUUACCGGUGCAGGGACUUAAACAAGCUGAGGGGAGGCAGUGCUCAAUAUUUCUAAUCAGUGCAUACAAACCAGUUCCAACUGCCCUUACCUUCGUAAAUCAGAUCCUUAGCACCAGCAAGCACUUCUGCAUAGAACACAAAUGUUAGCUGGACUUCGGACUUUCUUACUACAGUGGAAAUGAUGUUUAGCUUGAUAGAUUUCUCAGUGUAAAAUUGAGGAUAACUAUGUUUGGGGAAUGGGGAAGCCUGGGACUUUGGAAAUUGUAAAGUGGCUUUUGUAACUUGUCCCUGGGGAACCUUUAGAGUUUGAUCUGCCUUGUGGACAGGUCCGGUAGCUUAGGAGUCAAGCUUUGUCUCCCGGGAUGGGUGCCCUUUGACUAGUUAUGGGUGCAGAGGGAGGGUUAGCUUCCCUUUUGUGCCUGGCCCUCUGUGACAGAUAACUUUGGAAUCUUAGUAUUUUUACAAAUGUGACCCAGGGUUUGAAAUCCAGGUCUUGAGUCCACUCAUUUUUUUACACUUCCCAAUCUGUGAAAGUAGAAACAUGUUCAGUUCGAUAAGAAAGAAAACCCAGCAGCUUUUGAUGUUUCUGAACCUCCCCCUCCCUCCCCCACUGGAGGCCUGAAGCUUUGUGCCUGAACAACCCAUGUAGCACCUAGAGUGCUUCUGACGCCUUAGAAAUAGGAAUGAUACCUGUGUGCUUGACAGGUUAGGUAAGAUUUCGUAGAGCUAAUCAUCUGCCUCUCAGGAAAAAUACUAACUUGUUCUUUUUGUUCCUGGCUUUCAGUUUGUGAGAUUACUCUAUUUUUUUAAAUAUAAUUUUAUUUCUUUCAACGAAUUUAAAAAUAAAAGAAACACCUUUGGAACAA